AUGCCGAGAUAUUCAUUGAUUCUCUACCUAGCGGUGCAAGAGACAUCCAUGGGCUGCAUGUUAGGCCAGCUAAAUGAACCCAAUCAAAAAGAGAAGAAGAUUUACAACCUAAGUAAGAACUUCACCAGCUAUGAGAUCAAUUACAUCGCCAUCGAAAGGCAUGUUGUGCCCUACCAUAGGCCUCAUAUGUUGCUAUUUGAGUUCGAUAUUGUGUUUGUAGUGCAAAAGGCCAUCAAGGGCCAAGCCAUAGCCGAUUACCUAGCAAAUCAACCAUUGAAUGAUCCAGAUUUCUCAAAAUCCCUCUUCCUAGAUGAGGAUGUCUUGGUGAUAGAGCUAGAACCCAAUAAUGUAGAACCAUGGCGUUGGAAGCUUUAUUUCUAUAGAGCCACCAAUAGCACUGGAAAUGGAGUGGGAGCAGUUUUAGUAUCCCCGAAAGGCCAACAAAUCCCUGUUUCAAUCAAGCUGAAUUUCGAUUGUACAAACAAUGUUACAGAGUAUGAGGCAUGCAUUGUGGGCUUACAAGUCACCUUGGAGUUUGGCACAUAUGAUCUAAGCUUCUUUGGAAAUUCCCUGUUGAUCAUCUCCCAAAUAUAG